AUGGCAGGUAUGGAUAAGGACGAUGUCUCAUUGCCAAAGGCUACAGUACAGAAACUCAUCUCUGAAAUAUUAGAUAAAGAUUUAUCGUUUAAUAAAGAUGCGAGAGAAAUUAUUAUUAAAUCAGGAAUAGAAUUCUUAAUGAUUUUGUCAUCAAUGUCGUCAGAAAUGGCAGAAAAUGAUGCAAAGAAAACUAUUGCACCUGAACACGUACUAAACGCUUUGAGAGAAUUGGAAUUCGAUAAUUUUAUACCGAUCUUAGAAAAAGUCUUGGUAGAAUUUAAAGGUACUCAAAAGAUUAGAGAAAGAAGAGAUUCAAAAUUCAAAAAUUCAGGGUUAUCUGAAGAAGAACUCUUACGACAACAAGAAGAAUUAUUUAGAAAAUCAAGAUCAAGGUUACAACAAACUACACCACAAAGCAUACCUAGUGAAAAUAUUAAAGAAGAAAACUAG